GCUCGUCGACAGACCCUUCCUGCCCCUCCAAACUGACGAUCCGUUGCAAUUGCAACGAUCCCAACCAGGGUACGUAACCUAACGAAGCUGAGCUCUUGUCAGUUACCCCUCCCCCUCCUUCUCUAUUCCUACCUAAUCCUAGGUGACUCCGUAUUCUGUCCAGGGAAUGCGCAAUCCCUUAAUAGUAUCACCCUCACGUCACCCUGAACCUGAUCAGCCUGACUAGUUUAUACUACCAGUACUAUUAUUCUUACCUAGAAAUUUAUCUUGAGUCAAAAAUGAUCACCCUCAAGCCCUUCCCCGCCUUUUUGGGGUUGGUCUUCCUCUUCGUGUUCGCCCGUCCAGCUCUCGCUUUUGGUGCUGGUAACAUCGCCGGCAUCUCCAAGGUCGAGGGGCAAAAUUGGCGUCAUGGCGACAUCGAAGACACCCUCCUUACUAUCAUGAUGGCCCGAGCCGUCGGCGGCAAAAAGUUUGACAAGCUCAUGGUAUCCCGUGUCUACUUCGGUAACUGGCUCCGAGACUACUCUCAAGCCAUCGAUGUUGGUACGGUCAAGUCUGUCUCGGCUGAAGCUAUCCGACUGCUUCUAUGUGUUCUCGGUUUCCUGACCUUCGGUUACGGCUCUAAGGAAUUCGAAGUGACCGCUGAUCGUCUUGGUUGCUAUCGACCCGAAGACCACAUCGACAACCCCAAGAACUACGCCAGCAACGAGGAUGCGCGUCAGUAUGACCGAAGGCUGCGCGGGCCUGUUGAUGAGAGAGUUGAGCUUGGCAUCGACUCAGAGACAGGUCUAAAAAACUACAUUGCCAAUGAGCGAGCUAGAAUUAUGACUUCCGCGCUCCAUGUCAGAAAACUGUUCGGCCGCUGCAUUGAACUUGCCCGAUCCUAUAAGAACAGCAACAGGAAGAGUGAACUACACGAGGCCUUGCGAUUACUUGGUACCGGCCUCCACUGUCUAGAAGACUUCUUGGCCCACAGUAACUACACGGAACUGGCACUUAUUGAAAUGGGCGAGCGCGACAUCUUCGCUCACGUCGGUAGAAACACUAAAAUUGAAAUCCCUGGCGCUCGCCACGAAGUCUACCCUUGCGUCACAGGAACAUUCGGAGGUGUUGACUUCCUGCAUUCUGUCACUGGAGAAGUCUCGGACAAGUUGACGCAAAACGAAAUCCAAGAACUUGAGGGAACCCUCGAGGAGAACUCAAAGAAGAAUGACACCAGUAUUCUCGAGGGACUUCUUGACAAGAUUCCCGAUGGUAUCAUCGGUGGCGACGAUAAGAAGCAGAAGCUAGAAUCGAUUCAGAGCAAUGCCAAUAAUGCACAAAUGGCUAACACGUCGAUUUCCCCGAGGGAACCCGAGGAGUUCACGGAAUACAUCCAGCAAGUCUUUCAACAGAUAAUGCCCGCCAUUGAAUUCCACGACGAACUCCUGAAGGGCAUCAGCGAGGCAAUCGAAAAGAUUCCUAUCUUGCCUCAAAUCAUUGAACAACUUGAGGACCAGAUGUCGAUGUGGGUAUUCUCGAUUAUGGCACCUUUCGUUGUCCCUAUCAUCCAGCAGGUCAAGAAUGAGCUCCAAACCGGAUCAUCCGAGAUUAUUGCCAGCAGCGAGAACGAGCAGCACGUCGUCUUCAAUGAUGACGAGUCUACUGACCCAACACACUCCAUGCUCUCCAAAGAUCACUUUUCCAACAUCCUCAAUGAAGUUGCGGGCAAGACUGCAAGCAAAGUCGUCUACUGGGUUGUUCCCCAGCUCAUGGAAGCAUGGGAUGAUGAGAGCAUCGAUGUCGAUCGUUUGAUGGAUAGAAUCAUCAAUGGUGUACUGCACCACCCUGCUCAGCGCGACAUGGGAGAAGAUGGCGCGCGUGACGGCCGACAGAUCAUGUUCCGUUCAGUUGAGGAGUGGUGGAACCAGAUGGAUGAUGAUGCAAAGGAUGAAUACCGCCAGAAGCUUUCGCGUCGCGGCGUUCAGAAUGGCGAGAACCACAAAGAAGGCGUCCAGGACUCCGGUCACGGUUGCGGAAAGCCUCUUGGUAUGCACAAGAACUUUGCUGGGGGUGGGUCCAUGGAAGACCGUAUUGCGGGCGCUGCUGCUGGAGCUAUUGUUGGUGGUGUUACCGGUGGUAUCUCGGAUUUUGUCAAGGCCUCAUCUGGGGGACAGGUUAACUUGCCCGGUUUUGAAGGCCGGGAGUCCAGCAGCUCCGGCGGCGGACUCCUUAGCGCUAUUGGUAACUCUCUUCUAGGCGGAGGCUUUAAGAGUAGCGAGACCGAAUCAUAUGGCAGCAGACGUGAGGGAGGAGAUGGAUCGUACAGCGAGAGCCGCACCGAGUACGGACGCUCGGAUGAUCGAUAUGGCCAGGCCGAAUACUCCGAGAGCCGACAUUCCGGAGGAGGCGAGAGCAGAGAAUACCGUCGUUAUGAGCAAGAUGAUAACGGCCGCGGCUACGGAUACGAAGAGCGAACCGAAUCUCGACCGAACUAUGGUGGUGGCUACGAGGAGCGUACUGAGCGCCGGUACGAAAGUAACGAUGGAUACCAAGAAUCCGGUCACCAUGGCCGACGUCGCGAUGAGGAGGACAGCUAUGGUGGACGCCAGGAAAGCUAUGGACGAUCUGAGUAUGACCGCGGUGACGAGUACGGCCGCCGUGAAGACUCCUAUGGUGGCGGAGACCGAUACGAGCGUCGCGAGGAGAGCUCAGGAUACGGCCGCUCAGGUCGUGAGGAGGAAUAUGGACGCCGUGAGGAGCGUCGCGAUGAUGACGAGGGAGGUGGAUUCCUCGACACCGUGGCCAGUCGUAUCGGUGACGCUCUGGACGAAGGCGAUCGCCGCCGCCGUGAUGAGGGAGGCAGCCGAUGGGGUUUCUAGUAAGAUAUCACAUAUGCGUCUACCACUCUAGGUGGGAAAUUCUUGAGUAUGGGAACGUUGCCAUAGUGAGGACUGGGCGGGUGAACUUUCAUCUGUAGCUCUUGCUUCCUAACGCUUUACACAAUGAAUCAAUGAAGUAUAAGAA